AAUUCGAAUUUCAGUCACUUCUACAAUUUUAUAUGUUCAUACAAAACCAUAAACCAUUAAGAUCUUCUAAAUAUGGUCCCUCCAUACACAUCAGGGUUCGGAAAAUAUAUAGGCCAGAUUGUUUGAAAAACCGUGGAACGAAUCGGACCACAUCAUUUGGUCCGGAUCGUAGAUCGUUGACAAUGGUCUGGUCCAUGGUAUGUACUAUGAGAUGUAUUGAUUUCUUGCUACCAUACUAAACCAUGGACCCCAACCCACUUUUUAGUUCGUGUUAGCAGCUCACUCCACCCGUACUCUUCCAACUCUUCAACGAGAUCCAAAUCUCACCUCUAAUUUUGUGAAAAUCUCAUCCUCUCUUUCAUUUAGGGGUCGGCACGUGGGUGGUUAAUCCGCAGAUUGAUAUCGAUCCACCCGCAGAUAACCCGAUCCGCACGUAAUGGAUGAUUGAUGUGGGUGGAUUGCAGAUUGGUAAAUCUCACACUCGCACUUAUGUGGGUGGAUGGUGGGUGGAUUGCGGAUUGGUAAAUCUCCCACCCGCACUUAUGUGGGUGGAUGGUGGGUGGAUUGCGGAUUGGUAAAUCUCUCACCCGCACUUAUGUGGGUGGAUGGUGGGUGGAUUGCAGGUCACCCAUAUGACCUGCAUCCUAUUUUUACAUGAAAAAAUGUGUUUUUUAUAGUAUCGAAUAUUCAUCAUAUUUUCGAACUGCACUACAGUCUGACCAUGUACUUCAAAAGGUGAAGAAUAAAUAAUAGUUUUGACUACUAUUAUUGGUCAUUGUGCUCUGCAAUAUCCAUUAGAUAUUGGAUAUUGGUAUACAGAUUAUUGUUAAUAACCAUUAAAUAUUGGGAUGCAAACUAUAAAUUAUUAAUUGUAUCAAAAUCACAAAUUAAUGAUACAGUCUUACUAAUUUUGCUUUGAACUUAUGAUAAAUGUUAGUCAACUUUCUUAAUGGUUAGUUGAAGAAUUGCUUUUGCGGAUUGACCCGCGACCCAACCGCAUCCAUCCGCCACCCACCCAACCCAACCCGCAGAAAUAUGUGGGUGGAUUGCGGGUCAAAAUUAUUUCAACCCGCUAGUAAGUGGGUGGGUCAAUUUGAUACCAAAACCCACCAAACCCGCCCAUUGCCCACCCCCUACCUUCAUUGAUACACCACAGUACUCUACCACAUAUUAGCGACAAUCAUGUCUCCAUAUGACAUUAUGUUAACAUUUAUGACCUUAUGGUGCAAGUUGGGUUGCUUUAACUUUGUGUUUCAGCUAUUGACUUGGAUUUAUGGUAUAAAAAUAUGCAUGCUCGUUGGAAUUUAUAUUUUAACAAAAAAAUAUUUUUUCUCGAUUAUCGGUAAAGAUAUUUUUGGUGAUUGCCUAAAUAAAGUAUUCAUUUUCGCUCAAUGCGGCCUAUAUUCUAGGCCUUAUCGGAUCAGACUGCCACAAGCAUAAUUUGAUCUCUGUCGUAUUGUAUUUUGAAUGAUCGCUUAUCUAUACUCCAACUUCUCGGUCUGGACCAUAAAACAUAUGUAUGGUUCAAUCUGUACAAGACCACACCGUUACCGGAUCCUACUUGACGCCAGUCAUUAUUACAUAUAAUAAUAUAUUAAUUUUCCAAGCGGCACAUAACUUCGGAUGCAAUCAUGACAAAGAAACCUCGCCAAGAUACUUGCAUAGUACAUGAACUCGCAAACGCCUAAUUAAUUAAGUCUCGUUGCCACCAAUGGCAUGCAUAUUAGAUUAUUAGUUACCCUAAAUUAGAUUAUUAGUUACCCUAAAACUCUUGCUAACUAGUUAAAUAUAUCACACAUUUGUACACAUAUGAAUACACUAAUAGCUAGCUACUGUAUGUCUCUAUACCAAAUGAUACAUUCCAUUCCUACUCCACCAGAAGAAAGAGAAAAAUAAUAGAUUUACUCGGAAAUGUUAAAAAGGAAGAGAGGUGGUAUAAGAUUCCUAAUUAACAUUCUCUCAAUAACGUGACUUAUUUGAGAUCAAAUAAUUUAUGAUAUGAAAUCAUAGUUAGUUUGGUCAAGUAGUUGUAUGUUCUAAUCUCUACGAUCUCCAAUAUUUAUCAUUGAUUUAAGCAUGCACAAGGUAUAAUAAGCCAGUGCAAACUUGAAACUCGUGAGUUGACUAUGAUAUAAGAUUAAUAAUUAACUUUCUUUCAUCGACGUAAAUUAUUAGUGGACCUAACGAUUUAUGACAACAAGAGAGAAGCACCCCUAUUCUUUCUCUUGUUGCCACCAACUGAUAACGAUUUGAGAUCGAAAAUUUGUAGUGAGAAAAGUAUCUCCUCCUCCCUCCUUUUCAUUCAUAUAUAGCAAUACAGUAGCAAACGAAAAUCCAGCUAUUCUUGUUAAAAGAUAACUAUAAAAAGAAACCCUAUAGCAAAAACGAAAAAGAUGAAUCCUUCAAUCAUCACCUGCUCAACUCACAUGACUUCUAGAUACCGUUGACAGAUCGCAUCAGCCAGGAUUCGAGCCUCGGAAGUGACGAGAAAACAUAAAGAAAUAAUCACAUUUUCCUUCUUGGGUAAUACUAGGGCGGACUAUUUGGUCCGGAUUAUUUGGUUUUACCCGAAACCGGACCGUAUAACUCGGAUUGGGACUGGAUAGUGGAUAGUAAACAAUCCAAUUCAAUUUUCAGGCUUAGAUUUGAGGUAAAAAAACCGUUUGGGACCGGAUCGAAAACCGGAUAAAGACCGGAUAAGAGACCCCAACACCCAAAACUUAACCAACUCCUCACCCUUUGAGUCCUCAGACAACUCAAAUUCCCACAAACUCAAUCUAAAAUCAAGACCGAAUUGGGACCGGACCGGGUCAAGACCAGACUGUAUCCAAUACAAUCUUUGAUCCUUAUAUUUCCGAAAAGACUGGACUGGAACCGAAUCAAUUCGGACCAAUUUAACCGGACCGGACCGUAUAGCCCACCCAUAGGUAAUACCGAUGGCAUACAAAUUAUAUACCCUAAAACUCUAGCGAAAUAAUAAUAAUAAUAAUAAUAAUAAUAAUAAUAAUAAUAUAUCUCCUUAGACACGUAAAUCUCCAAAACUCCAUUUGUGACAACCCUCCACACAUAUCUACACCUAUAAAAUACCACCCAAUUAGAUCAUCCAAUAGAAGAGAAAAAAGGUAGAAGAACACAUAUUUAUACAUCAUGGACGCAACGAAAGCAGCAAUGAUAUUGCUUGCAGUAGUGCUGUUGCAUGCUCAAAUGUCAAGCUCACAGCCGCCGUCGGUUGAGCCGCCGGCCCCCUAUUGCGGGCCAUUGGUCGUCGGCGGGGAAUGGGGUCAAUGCGACCCCGGCAGCUGCUGCAGUGGUUCGGGUUACUGCGGUACGGGAUAUCAUUAUUGUUCCGUGGACUAUUGUGUGCUAUACUGUCCCUUUUUUCCUCCCCCUCCUAACGAGAUGACGGAGGAGGAGGAGGAGACUCGAGGAGGAGGAGGGGUAGAAGUACUGGCCCGUCGUCUCGAUAACGCGACGAUCGACCAGUACUACCUGGAUCGCAAGAUCAUCACCGACCACCACGAUGUUGUUGUUGAUCGUCACAUCGCGAAAGCUGCUGCUACCGUUGCUGCAGCAACAAGCGCUUCUUUAUCGUCUUCGUCUGUGACGACCACAAUAUCAUGUGGUCCUUUCUUGUUGUCUCGCCUCCCGCUGGCUGCCCGUCGGAGGUAUCCUUGGGCGGCUCUCGGUGUCCCGUCGUCGUCGUCGCGAAAUAACGUUACAGAUGGUGCCAUUUGCGGACAGUGCUUAAAGGUGACACAUGCUGGAGCUGGAGGAGCGCGUGCUCGUCAAGUGAUGGUGCGGGUUGUUCACAUACCGAACAUCGAGGGGAUUGCAUUGGACACCAAUACGUUCCGUCGAUUGGGCGGCGACGAUGGUCGUGAAAGCAGAGGUUACAAUGAUCUUGUGGUGAAGUAUCAGUUUGAGAAUUGUUGAAGACUUGUUGUUGUGGGCGUGUGUUUUUUUUCUUUUGAUGGAGCGUGGGUUUGAUGUAAGGGACCUAGCUAUAUUGUGGUGGGUUUAUGAAGCUAAAAAAUCAAGACUAAUCAAUAAAUUAAGGAAUAAAUGGAUGAUUUAAAUUUCAAAUACACAUAUAGUGAAUUCGGUGACAAUAAAUUACCCUAACACAUAUAUGCAAUUGAAUUUUCGUAUCUUUUUACGAAAUUUGAAUUUCAGUCACUUCAACAAUUUUAUAUGUUCGUACAAAAUCUCUAGCUCGAUUCUUUCUUCUCCUUCCUUCGACAAUUUACUAAUCAACUGCUAGCAAUGAUCACUUUCAAUCGCAAGGAAAAACUUAUGCCAUUAUGGAGUUAUUGUUCAGACAUAUACAUCCAUACAAUUAAUGAUCAACUCCAAGAAAAUUUCUAGUCAGCUCAUAAUUACGGGUCAUUACGGAAUAUUCAGAUAUAUUCAUUGAUACAAUGUAAUGCACCUUAAUUUAAUUUAAUUUUUUUUUUUUUUUUGCGUACAAGGAGGCCGGGGCCAAGAAAAGAAGUUACAUCAUCAGAUGAGAGGUAGAGGCAGAGGGACAAAAAGGAAUUCUACGCUCGAACGUGAUUCCCCGCAUAUCAUCCUGAAGAAGACCAACUAUACCCUGUGGUGGAUCGACAAGUUCAUACAUACCGUAGGGAUAGACGAGACUGUGCUUCGAGAGCCAGUCCGCGACUCUAUUCCCUUAAUUGAAUUUCAUAUGAUCAUAAAACAUUUUUACAUUUGAUAAACCAUUAAGAAUUUCUAAAUAUGGACCCUCGUCAUUUGAGUUGAGAAAAUAGACCAGACUGUUUCAAAAAAAAAAAACGUAGACCAAAUCAUCCCCAUUCCAUUUUUCGGUUCGUCUUAGCAGCUGAUCACUCGACCGGUAUUCUCCCAACUCUUCAACGAGAUCCAAAUCUCAACCCUAAUUUUUGCGAAAAUCUCGUCUCCACCUUCAUUCAUAAACCACAUUCUACCACAGAGUAGAGAUAAUCGUGUCUCUAUAUGACAUUAUGUUAACGUUUAUGACCUUAUAUUGCAAGUUGGGUUGCUCUAACUGUGUUUUUUUAUUUUAUUUACUGGGAUUUAUAGUAUCAAAAUCAUUCAUGCGUGUUGCAAUUUAUUUUUUAAGAUGAAAAUAGUUUUUUUAUCGGUUCCUGAUUAGAUAUUUCUUGUGACUGACUAAACAAACCGUUCAUUUUCACUCAAUAUGAUUUGUAUGGUCUAUACCUUACCGGACCAAACUACUACAUGAGUGGUUUGAUCGGAACUGUAUUGUAUUUUGUUUGAUCUCCUAUCUAUACUCUAGCUUUUUGUUUAAAAUCAUGUGUAUGGUCCGGUCUAGAGUACUAGACCGCACCAUUUUCCGACCCAACUCGAAGUCUUCAUUAUUGGACAAUAUAUAUGACCAACCACAUUUCUUUUCCAAUCGGCACAUUAGUUGGGAUGCAAUUAUGACAAAGAAACCUGGCCGAUCGAGAAUCGAGAUACUUGCAUAGUACAUGAACUCGCAAAUGCCUAAUUAAUUAAGUCUCGUUGCCACCAAUGGCAUGCAUAUUAGAUUAUUAGUUACCCUAAAACUCUUGCUAACUAGUUUAAUAUUUCACACAUUUGUACACAAUAUGAAUACACUAAUAGCUAGCUAAUGUAUGUCUCUAACUCAUACAUUCCAUUUUCCACUUUACCCAGAAGAAAAAAGGGGAAAAUAGAUGGAUUAGAAAUGUUUACAAGGAAGACAGCGGUGGUAUAAGAUUUAUAAUUGACAUUUUUUUUAACAAAUCGAGUUAUUUGGGUCAAAACAGUUUAUGAUAUGGAAUUAAAAUUCAUUUGGCGAA